AUGGCGUUUUAUUUUUUCGAGAGACGUUUGAAAGUUGCCCUGUGUAGCUACGGCAGAGUUGUCGGUAACUACCCAAUCCCAUUUAUCGUUCUCCCGCUUAUGCUCACAUUUUCGCUCGCCGUGGGUGGAUUUUAUUUCACGGGUAACAAUGACAUCGAAUAUUUAUUUACACCGACGAACGGACCGGCCAAGAAGGACAGAGAUGUAAUGGAUAGUCUUUUUCCGAUGAAUUACUCUGGGGAAUUUCUCGCCAAUCGUCAGAACGAUUUCGGAAGAUACGCCAGUGUUAUUAUUUACACGAAAAAACAGAGUGAAAACAUACUCGCUGUCGACUCCCUGCGCGAAAUAUUCGAAUUCCACGACAACGUGACAGAAACGAAGGCAAGUAUUGGAAGAGAAGAGUACUCAUACAGACAGUUAUGUGCCAAGUGGAAGAAACAGUGUGUUGAUCCAAACCCAGUAUUAAAAAUUUACAACUAUACAACGCAAAAUGUGAAUUUUAUCAACAUAUCGUAUCCAGUAAUGGCGGGAAAUAUAUCAUAUUUUAUCGGCGGCAGUCUCGGUGGUGUGCAGUUUUACGGCGAUACCAGUAUUGUUAAGUCGGCAAGAGCCAUUUUGUUGUUUUACCCAUUGAAACAAUCACCGAAUAACAUUGAUGAGGCGACCUUAGAAUUUGAAAACAAAGUCACCAAAAUGGCGGCUAAAUACAAAUCGACGAAAAUAACAGUGACGCUGACGGUGUCACAGACGCUAGCCAACGAACUCGAUGACAUCAUCAUACGAAUGAUACCAAGGCUUAUAAUCUCCUUCUUUAUUCUGACGUCAUUUUCCGUUCUAUCUCUGAUGAUGACUGACUGGGUAACCAGUAAACCAGUACUUGGUACUCUCGGCGUGGCAUCGGCACUGUUAGCUGUGAUUUCGACUAUAGGGUUGCUAAGUUACUGUGGCGUGCCCUUUAUUCAUCUCAACAUUGCAAUGCCAUUUUUGACUCUAGGUGUCGGAGUGGAUGAUAUGUUCAUAAUGAUAGCAUCAUGGCGGACAACGUCACCCCGUACCAGCGUACCUGAUCGAAUGGCGGAGACCUUUUCGGAAGCAGCGCUCUCUAUAACAAUAACAAGCAUUACUGACGUAUUGGCGUUCGGCAUCGGAGCUAUUUCAACCUUUCCUUCUGUUCAAAUAUUCUGUUGUUAUUGUGGGGUUGCCAUUCUAUUUGACUAUAUUUACCAAAUUACUUUCUUUGGAGGGUGCAUGGCUUUGAUUGGACGCCGUGAACGACAAAAUAAACACUGCCUUACGUACGUAAAAGUGUUACCAAAAAAGGAGUCUUCCUCGCGAUGUUACCGGUUAUUCUGCGCUGGUGGUAUCAGUAACAGUACAGAUUGUGAUGACGUGAUUCAAGAACACUCAGUUAUGACUUUUUUCAACAAAUAUUACGGCCCGUUUGUCACUUUGACGAGUUAUUUUCUGACUAAUCCGUUAUACGAGCAUUACAAAUCAGACGUUGCUAUUAGCAACAACACCAUCACGUCCUCGCGAUUUUCCGUACAAUCUCGAUACGUUAAAUCGGCCCAGAAUUUUUUGCAUCAAUCCAGAAAAAUAGUCAAAGAUUCAAGCCUCCCUAUGAUUGCGUAUCAUCCGUCGUUUGUAUUCAACGACCACGUUGACGUUAUUCUACCCAACACCAUACAAAAUAUUGCGAUAGCCGCUGCCGCUAUGUUAGUUGUUUCGUUUCUUCUCAUUCCUCAACCGAUUUGUGCGCUUUACGUCACCCUCACUGUGGCGUCCAUAGUUGUUGGCGUCAUAGGCUAUAUGUCAUUAUGGAGUGUUGGUAUAGACUUCGUGUCCAUGGUAACAAUCGUAGUCUGUAUUGGUUUCAGCGUUGAUUAUUCGGCUCAUCUGACGUAUGCUUUCGUCAUUUCUCCCCGGGAUACUCGCAACGGCCGUGCUGUCUACGGUCUGUAUUUACUUGGUUUACCCAUUGUACAAAGUGUGGUUUCCACCAUCAUCGCCAUCGCUCCCUUAUCAACUGCUAACACUUACGUUUUCAGAGCAGUCUUCAAGACGGUAUUUUUAGGUAUUUUCUUUGGUGGUCUUCAUGGUAUUUUAUUUCUACCUGUUCUUUUAUCGCUCGUCGGUCCUAACAAAUCACAAUCAUCGAAACCCAAAGCGGACGAGGAGGGUGCUCUUGGCAAACGAAGGUUACGUAUGUGGAUGAAAGACCACAGAAUGAAACCAUCUAAGAAACGCUGCCAGCGAAAAAUUACACCCCGCACAGUUAACAAUAUGAAUGACAAUGUUUGUUGUUCGCUUACCGAUGAAUGUGGUUCUUCGUCACCAAUCAUCCCACCCAAAAUUCGAGUGAACGAAGACGUGCCUGACGUUGCAGCAAAGAUACAGGAGACAGUCGAAAACAAUGCUCCUGUGGCUGACAGCUCUGGGUCGCUCCGGAACAACACCGGCAAUGGCUGUGAUCAACAUACCAACAGUAAUACUUAACACAAAGAAACACAGCUACGACAUACGACCACCGUGAAAUACAUGGUAAUAUUCGUGUGCAUGAACUAUAUACUGAAACUAUAUGAUCUCAUUAAUAUGAGCAUAGAUUUUCAACUGUUAGAAAACAUAGCAACUGUGUGUCUCUGAGGUAAGGACUGUGAACUGAUUAGACUUUGGGAAUGAUUUCAAUAUUUAGCACUGACCGACCCAUAUUCGAGGCGGAUGCUCCAUGUCGGGCUCUGUGCUGUACGUUAAAGGAAUGAACACAAUAAAUCGAAUAGGCUUUGUAAAUCAAGUGAUCUAUGCAUUAUACCAACUUUGAAGGUAAAAUACGUGACUUAUCAGUGCAAUCCCGCACAGGUGACUGGGAAAGUAUGUUCACACAUCGAGCUCGCAAAACCACGCGAUUCGGAAGAUGACAAUAUUUACACCAUAUGACAAUUUUCGAGAUCGCAAAACACAUACUAUUAUUUUUCCUUGACUUCUGUAAGCCCUUUCCAACAAAACAAUGUAUAUUUUAUAUUGUAGAAUACACACAAAAACAAAA